AUGACUCUGACUACAUUGCGGCAGGAUGCAAAACGCGCCGCGGAGGAGCUCGCGUUCAGGUUCAGGUGCGGUAUCGCGGACGGCCAUGGGUGGGAUGCUCAUGGCAAUGAACGUUUGAGGUCGCACGAACAGCCGGCGGGAUCACAUGUUUCGGGUCGCGAUGCAAUCGCACUCAAUACAGCGCUUGCUCUCGCGAACGUAGGGGAGGGGGAGCAGGGGAAGCCGGACAAGGAGGAGGGCUUGAGCUCUGAACGCGACGAGGAUGCCCCUGUGAACGCGACGCAGGGUCUAGGUGCCAAGAAGGCGCGGGAGGAGGCCGACGAGGCAGAGGGACAGGGUCGCGGACAGGACGAAGGGGACGAUGCGGAGGAUGACCAGCGCGGUGAUUUGGAGCUGGAGUGUUCAGAAGAACUGGAGGGGGAAGAGGACGACGAAGAGGAUGAGGAAGAGGAGGAAGAGGUGGAGGAUACCCUCGCGACCAACAAUGCCGGGUGGGCGGCGAGCGCGGUCGUGGGUGCAGGGAAGAGUAUUCAUGGUCUGCAGGCUGUGCUCUCCCCCCGUCACGGUAGCGCGAUCCCGUCUACAGAGUACGCGGGCAAGCGUAAACACUCAAAGCUGGUGAAGAUGGAUCCUGCGAAGCUGGCCGCGGAGAUCCUCCGCUUGGACGAGCAGAUGAAAAAUCAGAAGCGCAAGCUGGACGAGGUCGUGUCCGCAAAGCCAGGCACAGAACACGCGGUGGUGAUCACGCAGAGCUAUGACGAGCUCGUGGCUACGGUGGAGAAGGCACUGCGUCACGUGCAGAACACGGAAUGGGUGAUGCGCAGGGAAGCCAAGCUGGUCGCGAAGGACAGGGCGAAGAAUCGCGACAUGCGGGAGGUGCUAAAAUGCGCUGCUGUCCGCUUGGAAGAUUGCGCGGCUAGCAUGAAGGGGGUGGUUGUGGAUGUCAGAGUGGACUCCAUGGAGAACGCCCAGAAGAAACUGACGGACGAGGUCGCCCGUAAGAUUGACAGCGCGUCAUCCAACAUCGCGGGAACCGCCGAGAGAGCGAUCACCACAAGCGGCGUCACCAACUCUCUCAACAUCAUCAUCGCGAUGCUUUCCGGGCGUGACGCACCGCGACUAGUCACCGAUGGGCCGCAGGGGAAGGAGUCACACAAGGUCGCGGAGAAAGAGGCACGGAAGAGGGUCGCGGAGAAAGAAACGGUGAAGAGGGAGACAGGGAAGAAGGCCGCGGACAAGGACACAGGUAAGAGGGUCGCGGACAAGGACACAGGGAAGGGUGAGAGUAGCAGGGGAGGGAAGCGGCAGAAAGGUCCCGUGGCGACUAGCGUCACAGAUCUCCUUAAGAUAGGGGGCGCGGUCUUCGUGCGUGCAGCGGGAACCGCCAGGGUGGAUGCGGCUGCCGGAUCACCGCUUGCCCCCUCGUCGGUUGAAGCUGCUAAAGGCAAGGACAAGGCGAAGAAUCAGGGCCGCAGUGGUUGUAAGCCGCCUCCGGCCGCGUUGAAGGUGGAACACGAGGACGACGACGACUCAGACGAGAAUGACGUUGUUGAGCUGGUGUGGCAGAGGUUCAUGGGGCCAAGCGACACCAGCGGCACUAGCGGCAAGCGCAAGGGCUGUGGUAUCCGCCCUCCGCCCAAGGGUGGAGAGGGGAUGGUGGGCGAACCGUGGCUGGGGGGGAGGCGUCGCUGGCUGGGACAUCACUCACUCCAGGAGGUGCAGUACCUGACCGCGAUCGCGGUCAUGUGUUACGACAAGAAGGUUGACCACGGCCUCAAGCUAAUUGCCCAGCAGAGGAGUGAGUGGGCCGAGGACAUCUCCGCGGCCGGGACGAUGUGCACCGGGCUAUUCGCCACCAUGCACCUCCGCAACCUUUGCGGCAAUGUUGACAGGUACGGUCGUGUGUUCAGUUAUUUGUGCACACGGGUUCACAGGAUUGCGGUCACGUUCGCGACUAACCAUGUCCCGUGUUUUCCCCCUGCUUGCAAGUACCACCACAUGUUCAAGGCCUACCACGACUUCACCCGUCCCGGUUCCACCCUCGGUAACGCGGUCGCUUGGGCAGCUGCGGUGGGAAAGGAGGCUGCAGACGAGGAGCCCGAUGUCACCGGGGACCAAGUGGGCCUGUUUGCUGGCGCGGUCGCGUGCGCCAUAGCCAUGGUGUGGGAGACCUGCAACGGUCUCGAUCUCGAGGGGGUCAUGGAUGCUGGAUACGUCGCGGCGCAGUGUGUCGGCACUCCAGAAGAGAAGACCCGUGGUCACGUAUCGAUUGUGACCGCGGUAUUCAAGUGGGCCAAGAAGGAGAGUGCUCGCAAGCAAGCACCCGAGGUCACACCGAAACAGAUCGCGGAGAAGAUAGAGACCGCUGUGGUGAACCGCCUUGGUGCGCGACUUGGGGACCCCACAUUGGUCGGUAUGGUCGUGCACGAGGCAGUAGAUGUGCUGAUGACCUGGUGCGACUACAAGAUCGCGGCCAAGGCGAUGGAGACCAACGGUCUCUAUCUUGCACUGCCAUACAAGCGUCUGUCCGCGAAGAAGAGGUCCGCGUGA